CCUCUAUCCGGUGUGGCCGGGAAUUGGGGGUGGGGGAUUAGCUGGAGGGCGGCUGACAGGUUGCAGCUGCGGCCAUUGCCGCCCUCCCCUCGCGGGUCAAGGGGAGCAGGCUGGGUUGUCUAGCUAGCUGAAAAAGCUGUCUGGGAAAGCGAAGAUGACUUCUGAAUCUUUUUCUUUGGCUGCUCAGCCUAGAUUUGACUCCAAAUGGCUAAAGACAGACUUGCAGCUUGCUUUUACACGGGAUGGACUCUGUGGCUUGUGGAACGAAAUGGUGAAAGAUGGUGAAAUUGUGUAUAUUGGCUCAGAAAUAUCCCAAAGUGGUGAAGGUUCUCCACGGAAAGAUGAAAGCACUGAAGGGCAGACUGGAUCAAAAAAAGAAGAACAGAAUGACAAAGAGAGAAAAGAUGAAGAGGAUACUCCAUUGCCUACCUAUAAAGCCAAAUCAAUUGUUGAAAGCUGGGUUUGGGGCAGGCAGCCAGAUGUGAAUGAGCUCAAAGAAUGCCUUUAUGUCCUGGUGAAGGAGCAGCAAGCUCUAGCCAAAAAAACUGCCACCACAACUCUGUCUGCUCUGAGGCUAAAGCAGAGACUUGCUAUCUUAGAACGAUAUUUUAUUGCAUUAAAUAGAACUGUUUUACAAGAUAAUGUCAAGGUUAAAUGGAAAAGCAGCAAUGUCCCCCUGCUUGCGGUGGACAAGAAAAGCCCCAGGCCUGUAGGCAAAGGUGUAGAAGGUCUUGCCCGGGUAGGAUCCAGAGCGGCCCUUUCAUUUGCAUUCGCAUUCCUACGUAGAGCUUGGAGAUCAGGACUAACACACACAACAUUAACGUUAGGUGAGGAUGCGGACCUUUGCAGCGAGUUAUUACAGGAGUCUCUGGAUGCCCUUCGAGCACUGCCAGAAGCAUCACUCUUUGAUGAAGGAACAGUAUCAUCCGUGUGGCUGGAAGUUGUGGAGAGAGCAACUAAAUUUCUAAGGUCUGUUGUGACUGGAGACAUCCAUGGAACUCCAGGCUCAAAAGGAUCAGGAAACAUUCCAUUGCAAGAUCAGCACUUGGCACUUGCUAUACUACUGGAAUUGGCUGUCCAGAGAGGCACGCUAAGCCAAAUGUUAUCUGCUGUUAUGCUUUUGCUUCAACUCUGGGACAGUGGCACAAGGGAAACAGAUAAUGAACGAUCAGCGCAGGGAACCAGUGCGCCUCUCCUUCCUUUGCUGCAAAGGUUUCAAAAUAUAAUUUGUAAUAAGGACGUGAACAAUACCGAAGAAGACAUUCAGAUGUUGGUCUACCCUCUGAGUCCCAAUGAAAACUUUCUAAGAUACCUAAUACUGCCCCAAGACAACGAGCUAGCAAUUGAUUUAAGACAAACAGCCGUUGUGAUUAUGGCUCAUUUAGAUCGUCUGGCAACUCCUUGCAUGCCUCCGCAGUGCAGCUCACCUACCUCUCAUAAGGGUUCUUUACAAGAAGUCAUAGCAUGGGGGUUAAUAGGAUGGAAAUAUUAUGCAAAUGUCAGUGGCCCAAUUCAGUGUGAAGGACUCGCUAAUCUCGGAGUUACACAGAUUGCUUGCUCAGAGAAACGCUUUUUAAUCUUAUCUAGAAAUGGGCGCAUUUAUACACAAACGUAUAAUAAUGAUACACUGGUUCCACAAUUGGUGCAAAGUCUUGCUUCCAGAAAUAUUGUGAAGAUUGCAGCACAUUCAGAUGGUAACCACUACCUUGCACUGGCAGCAACAGGAGAAGUUUUCUCUUGGGGUUGUGGCGAUGGUGGGCGAUUGGGCCAUGGAGAUACCGUACCUUUAGAAGAGCCGAAGAUUAUUUCUGCUUUGUCUGGGAAGCAGGCCGGGAAACAUGUUGUACAUAUUGCCUGUGGAAGCACAUACAGUGCGGCCGUUACUGCUGAAGGAGAGUUAUAUACAUGGGGUCGCGGGAACUAUGGUAGAUUGGGCCAUGGUUCUAGUGAAGAUCAGACGAUCCCCAUGUUAGUUACAGGACUGAAAGGACUAAAGGUCAUCGAUGUGGCCUGUGGGAGUGGUGAUGCCCAGACUCUUGCGGUGACUGAAAACGGUCAGGUGUGGUCUUGGGGAGAUGGAGAUUACGGGAAAUUGGGAAGAGGUGGUAGCGAUGGCUGCAAGACUCCCAAAUUGAUUGAAAAACUGCAAGACUUGGAUGUUGUUAAAGUACGUUGUGGGAGUCAGUUUUCAGUGGCUCUGACAAAAGAUGGACAGGUCUACUCCUGGGGAAAGGGUGACAAUCAGAGGCUUGGGCAUGGAACAGAAGAACAUGUUCGAUAUCCCAAACUGCUUGAAGGUUUACAAGGGAAAAAGGUAAUAGACGUAGCAGCUGGAUCUACACAUUGUUCAGCACUCACAGAAGAUAGCGAAGUAUACAGCUGGGGUAGCAAUGAUCAGUGCCAACAUUUUGACACCCUGCGGAUCACCAAACCUGAGCCUGCUGCUCUUCCUGGACUAGAUUCCAAGCACAUUGUUGGUAUUGCUUGUGGGCCAGCUCAGAGCUUUGCCUGGUCCUCUUGUUCAGAAUGGUCUAUUGGUUUGCGUGUGCCUUUUGUGGUAGAUGUUUGUCCGAUGACAUUUGAACAACUGGAUCUCUUACUGAGACAAGUGACGGAAGGAAUGGAUGGCGCUUCUGACUGGCCACCUCCACAGGAGAAAGAAUGUAUGGCUGUGGCUACCCUUAACCUUCUAAGGCUACAGCUUCAUGCUGCAAUAAGUCACCAAGUAGACCCAGAGUGUCUUGGUUUGGGAUUAGGUAGUGUUCUGCUGAACAGCUUAAAACAGACAGUGGUAACUUUAGCCAGUAAUGCUGGCGUUCUGAACACUGUUCAGUCAUCUGCCCAGGCAGUGUUGCAGAGCGGAUGGUCUGUGUUGCUCCCAACUGCCGAGGAAAGAGCAAGGGCUCUAUCAGCACUUUUACCUAGCGCAGUUUCAGGGAAUGAAACAAAUGUAAGUCCCGGUCGUAGAUUUAUGAUUGAUCUGUUGGUUGGAAGCUUGAUGGCUGAUGGAGGCCUUGAGUCUGCGCUGAAUGCUGCUAUCACUGCAGAAAUCCAGGACAUAGAGGCCAAAAAAGAAGCCCAGAAAGAGAAAGAAAUUGAUGAGCAGGAAGCAAAUGCAUCAUCACUUCACAGGAGCAGAACACCUUUGGACAAAGACCUUAUUAAUACUGGGAUUUAUGAAUCUGCAGGAAAACAAAGUUUACCUCUAGUUCAACUAAUCCAGCAAUUAUUAAGGAACAUUGCUUCACAAACAAUAUCUAAGCUUAAAGAUGUGGCCCGUCGCAUUUCUUCCUGCUUGGAGCAUGAACAUUGCAAUAAGGAAAGAUCUGCAUCUUUGGACUUGCUGCUGCGUUUUCAGCGCUUGCUUGUUAGUAAACUGUAUCCAGGAGACGGUGUUGGUCAGAUCCCUGUUACUUACAGUCCUGAGCUUCUUGGAGUUGGUUCUCUGCUGAAGAAAUACACAGCCCUUCUGUGUACACACAUUGGAGACAUACUGCCUGUAGCAACUAGCAUUGCAUCCACUACUCAUAGGCAUUUUGCAGAAGUAUCUCGUGUUGUGGAUGGAGACCUAACAGGUGUACUCCUGCCAGAGUUAGUAGUAUCUAUUGUACUCCUCCUCAGUAAAAAUGCUGGCCUAAUACAGGAAGCUGGUGCAAUUCCUUUGCUGGCUGGCCUGUUAGAACAUCUGGAUAGAUUUAAUCAUUUGGCUCCUGGAAAAGAGAGAGAUGACAAUGAAGACUUAGCUUGGCCUGGAAUUAUGGGGUCAUUCUUUACAGGACAGAAUUGCAGAAAUAACGAGGAAGUUACACUUAUACGGAAAGCUGAUCUGGAGAACCACAAUAAAGAUGGAGGUUUUUGGACUGUGAUCGAUGGCAAAGUAUAUGAUAUAAAGGAUUUCCAAACUCAGUCGUUAACUGGGAGCAGCAUCCUUGCUCAGUUUGCAGGAGAGGAUCCUGUUGUUGCUUUGGAAGCUGCUUUGCAAUUUGAUGAUACAAGAGAAUCAAUGCAUGCCUUCUGUGUUGGCCAGUAUAUGGAGCCUGACCAGGAAGUAAUCACGACACCAGAUAUCGGUAGUCUGUCGUCACCUCUCAUAGAUACCGAAAGAAACUUAGGGCAGCUUCUUGGACUGCAUGCUUCCUAUCUUGCAAUGAGUACACCCCUUUCACCAGUGGAGGUUGAAUGUGCCAAAUGGCUGAAGUCUUCUAUUUUCUCUGGAGGCUUGCAAACUAGUCAAAUACAUUACAGUUACAAUGAGGAAAAGGAUGAAGACCACUGCAGCUGUCCUGGUAAUACCACCCCUAAUAAAUCAAAGCUGUAUUCUCAUCGACUAACCAUGAGUGACCACUCGCAACCAUUUCUGCAAGCUAUAGCAGACAACAGUAUCCAGGAUCACACCGUGAAGGACUUCUUAUGUCAAGUGGAGCGGUACUGCAAACAGUGCCAUUUGACUACACCGAUUACAUUCCCGCCAGAGCACCCAGUGGAAGAAGUAGGACGUCUGUUGUUAUGUUGUUUGCUGAAGCAUGAGGAUUUAGGUCAUAUAGCACUGUCUCUUGUUCAUCCUGCUAUGCUAGGCGUCGACCAAGUUAAACAUCGAACACUUCCAAAAUCUGUAGCAGAUGUAUGUCGGGUUGUUUACCAAGCAAAAUGUUCACUAAUCAAGACUCACCAAGAACAAGGAAGGUCUUACAAAGAAGUCUGUGCUCCUGUUAUUGAACGCUUGAGAUUUCUCUUCAACGAAUUGCGUCCAGCAGCAUGCAAUGAUCUCUCCAUUAUGUCUAAGCUUAAAAGUCUAAGUUCCUUGCCUCGGUGGCGAAGAGUAGUUCAGGAGAUAAUUAGAGAGAGAAGAAAAAAGAAAGUUCCCAAAAAGUCUGAAUCUUCUGAUGUGGAAGAAUCCAAAAUUGGUAAUGAGGAAAGUGAUUUGGAGGAGCCUUGUGUCAUAUCCCAUAGCCCUGUGACAGUUGAUAAAAGACCCUUGUCCGUCAAAUCACCUAAGGAUAAAUGGCAACCACUAAUAAAUACAGUCACAGGUGUUCACAAAUACAAAUGGCUGAAACAAAACGUCCAAGGCUUAUAUCCCCAGUCCUCUCUUCUCAACACCAUUGUGGAAUUUGCUCUGAAAGAGGAGCCUGUGGAUGUAGAAAAAAUGAGGAAGUGUUUACUGAAGCAGCUUGAAAGAGCAGAAGUUCGUUUAGAGGGAAUUGAUACAAUUCUGAAGUUGGCAACCAAAAGCUUUUUACUCCCUUCUGUGCAAUAUGCUAUGUUCUGUGGAUGGCAACGCCUUAUUCCAGAAGGAAGCAACAUAGGGGAACCGCUAACAGAUUGCUUAAAGGAUGUUGACUUGAUUCCACCCUUCAAUCGUAUGCUGCUGGAAGUUACCUUUGGAAAGUUGUAUUCAUGGGCUAUUCAGAAUGUUCGAAACAUACUGAUUGAUGCUAACAGCAGGUUUAAAGAACUAGGCAUCCAGCCUGUUCCUCUGCAGACCAUUACCAAUGAGAACCCUGCAGGACCAAGUCUUGGGACCAUUCCCCAAGCACGUUUCUUACUGGUCAUGUUCAACAUGCUAACCUUACAGCAUGGUGCAAACACCUUGAACCUUCUUCUCAACUCUGGCAUGUUGGCAUUGACACAAACCACAUUACGGCUGAUAGGGCCUAGUUCAGACAACAUUGAAGAAGACAUGCUUGCUUCAUCCCGUGGUGCUUCUGCUACAGUCCUAGAAGAGUCAAGGAAGGAGAUUACUCCAGUUCAGCUUCCUGUGUCAGGGCCAGAACUGGCAGCCAUGAUGAAGAUUGGCACCAGAGUAAUGAGAGGAGUAGAUUGGAAAUGGGGUGAUCAGGACGGACCACCUCCCGGCUUGGGUCGUGUGAUUGGAGAAUUGGGUGAAGAUGGCUGGAUUAGAGUGCAGUGGGACACUGGUAGCACCAAUUCCUACAGGAUGGGAAAAGAGGGAAAGUAUGACCUCAAACUGGCUGAACCACCAUCUGCUUCUCAACCUACAACAGAAGACUCAGACACAGAGGAUGAUUCUGAAGGAGAACAAGUUGAAAGCAAUCUCCAUCCUACUUCCAUGAUGCUGACCAGCACAGUGAAUCUGUUGCAGACUCUGUGCCUUUCUGCUGGAAUCCAUGCUGAAGUCAUGCAGAACGAAGCUACCAGAACUCUGUGUGGGCUCCUCCGCAUGCUGGUAGAGAGUGGAACUAUAGAUAAAUCAACUUCCUUGCCGAAUACAUUGGUUAAUAAAGAACAGCACAGAAUCUGGUGUACCUUGGGAUUCAUUCGAAGUGUAGCACUCAUGCCUCAGAUGUGCAGCACCCUUAGUACAUCACAAUGGAUAACUCUGCUAAUGAAAAUUGUUGAGGGGCAUGAGUCAUUUACUGCAGCAUCUCUACAGCGACAGAUCCUUGCAGUGCACCUGCUACAAGCAGUGCUUCCCUCCUGGGAUAAAACGGAAAGAUCAAGAGAUAUGAAAUUUCUUGUGGAAAAAUUGUUUGGUUUCCUGGGAAGCCUUCUUACUACUUGCUCUUCAGAUAUUCCACUGCUCAGAGAAUCUACUCUGAGGAGGAGGAAGGCCAGGCCUCAGGCCUCUCUUACUGCAACUCACAGCAGUACUCUGGCUGAAGAGAUAGUGGCACUGCUGCGGACACUGCAUUCACUGAGUCAGUGGAAUGGCCUCAUAAACAAGUACAUCAACUCUCAGCUAACCUCCAUCACCCACAUCUUUGCAGGAAAACAGUCAGAAGGGGCUGUUUUGGAAGACUUCUUUCCAGACUCCGAGAAUCCUGAAGUGGGAGGUCUAAUGGCUGUCCUGGCAGUGAUUGGUGGAAUAGAUAGUCGCUUGCGGUUAGGUGGUCAAGUAGUUCAUGAUGAAUUUGGAGAAGGCACUGUGACAAGAAUCACUCCAAAAGGGAAAAUCACUGUUCAGUUUUAUGACAUGCGGACAUGUAGAAUCUGUCCCCUUAGUCAGCUUAAACCACUUCCUGUGAUUCCUUUUAGUGUGAAUAACUUGCCAUUCACUGAACCCAUGUUAUCUGUCUGGGCUCAGCUGGUCAACUUGGCUGGAAGUAAAGUAGAAAAACAUAGGAGGAAAUCUCCCAGUCAGGGUCUUUCAGGCCAAAUAGAUUUGGAUCUUCUAAGAUGCCAACAGUUAAAAUUGUACAUACUAAAAGCAGGUCGAGCUCUGCUUUCUCACCAGGAUAAAUUAAGACAAAUCUUAUCUCAACCUGCAGUGCAAGAGACAGGCUCAGUUCCUACAGAUGAUGGUGCAGUAGCAUCACCUGAUAUAGGAGACAUGUCUCCAGAAGGACCUCAGCCUCCCAUGAUCCUCUUACAACAGUUAUUAACAGCGGCAACGCAGCCGUCACCUGUGAAAGCAAUUUUUGACAAGCAAGAGCUUGAGGCUGCUGCAUUGGCUGUGUGUCAAUAUCUGGCUGUAGAGUCCGCACAUCCUUCAACUCCAGUAUUUGAAGAGUGUACCUCCAGUGAAGCUACUACCCCUGUUACAGUACAGCAUAUUAGACCUGCAAAAGUAAAGAAACGUAAAGUGUCCCCUAUUCCACCACUUCCAAUUGUAGUACAGCUUAUAGAAAUGGGAUUCCCAAGGAAGAACAUUGAGUUUGCACUUAAAUCGCUUUCAGGAACUUCUGGAAGUGCUUCUGGGUUACCAGGUGUGGAAGCCUUGGUGGGCUGGCUUUUGGAUCAUCCUGAUGUUCAAAUUACUGAUCUCUCCGAUGCUGACACAGUAUCUGAUGAAUAUUCAGAUGAAGAGGUAGUGGAAGAUGUGGAAGAAGCAGAAGCUGCAUAUCCUGUGUCCACUGGUGCUGUCGUAACAGAAAGCCAGACUUACAAGAAACGAGCUGAUUUUUUAAGUAAUGAUGACUAUGCUGUGUAUGUGCGAGAAAACAUUCAGGUGGGGAUGAUGGUUAGAUGCUGCAGGACUUAUGAGGAGGUUUGCGAAGGUGAUGUGGGCAAAGUUAUUAAACUGGAUCGCGAUGGACUGCAUGACCUCAAUGUGCAGUGCGACUGGCAGCAGAAAGGUGGCACAUACUGGGUUAGAUACAUCCAUGUUGAGCUUAUAGGGUUUCCACCACAGAGUUCUCCUUCACACAUAAAGAUUGGUGAUAAAGUGCGUGUCAAAACUUCUGUAACCACUCCCAAGUACAAGUGGGGAUCUGUUACCCACAGAAGUGUGGGGGUUGUAAAAGCCUUUAGUGCCAAUGGUAAGGAUGUCAUCGUUGACUUUCCUCAGCAGUCUCACUGGACUGGGCUUUUGUCAGAAAUGGAACUGGUUCCCAGUAUUCAUCCAGGGGUUACGUGUGAUGGCUGUCAAAUGUUUCCCAUCAACGGACCUAGGUUUAAAUGCAGGAAUUGUGAUGACUUUGAUUUCUGUGAAACCUGUUUCAAAACCAGAAAACAUAACACACGGCAUACUUUCGGAAGGAUAAACGAGCCAGGUCAGUCUCCCGUGUUUUGCGGCCGUUCUGGAAAGCAGCUGAAGAGGCGUCACAGUAGCCAGCGAGGAAUGCUGCUGGAUGAUUGGUCAAGAAUUGUUAAAAAUUUGAAUGUGUCGUCUUCUGUGAAUCAGGCCUCACGUUUGAUUGAUGGUAGUGAGCAAUGUUGGCAGUCUUCUGGCUCUCAAGGAAAGCACUGGAUUCGUUUAGAAAUUUUCCCUGAUGUACUGGUGCACAGACUGAAAAUGAUAGUGGAUCCUGCAGACAGCAGCUACAUGCCGUCGUUGGUUGUGGUUUCAGGUGGAAGUUCUUUAAACAACCUCAUAGAGCUGAAGACAAUUAAUAUUAAUCCUACAGACACUACAGUUCCACUUCUUGGUGAUUGCACAGAGUACCACAGGUAUAUUGAGGUUGCUAUAAAGCAGUGCAGGAGUUCUGGUAUAGAUUGCAAAAUACAUGGUCUCAACAUAUUGGGGCGUAUCCGUGCAGAGGAUGAAGACUUGGCGGCCGUCCCUUUCCUUGCUUCUGACAAUGAAGAGGAGGAUGAUGAUAAAGCCAACACUGGCAGCCUUGUGAGAAAGAAGAUUGCAGGCUUGGAAUCAGCAGCUACGAUAAAGACGAAAGUUUUUGUCUGGGGCCUGAAUGAUAAAGACCAGCUGGGAGGAUUAAAAGGUUCUAAGAUAAAAGUUCCCUCGUUUUCUGAGACCCUGUCAGCCUUGAAUGUGGUACAAGUAGCUGGAGGAUCCAAAAGCCUUUUUGCAGUGACUGUGGAGGGCAAAGUCUAUGCCUGUGGAGAAGCCACUAACGGAAGGCUGGGAUUAGGCAUAUCAAGUGGAACUGUGCCUAUCCCCCGACAGAUUACUGCUCUCAGUAAUUAUGUGGUGAAGAAAGUUGCUGUGCAUUCAGGUGGCCGCCAUGCUAUGGCUCUGACGGUUGAUGGGAAGGUAUUCUCUUGGGGUGAAGGAGAUGAUGGGAAACUUGGACACUUCAGUAGAAUGAACUGCGAUAAACCAAGGCUCAUAGAAGCACUGAAAACAAAACGUAUCCGUGAUAUCGCUUGUGGCAGUUCUCACAGCGCCGCCAUCACCUCUAGUGGUGAACUGUAUACUUGGGGCCUUGGUGAAUAUGGUCGGCUGGGACAUGGGGACAAUACUACGCAACUUAAACCAAAGAUGAUUAAAGUGCUCCUUGGUCAUAGAGUCAUUCAGGUUGCUUGUGGGAGCAGAGAUGCUCAGACUUUGGCACUGACAGAUGAAGGGCUUGUAUUUUCCUGGGGAGAUGGAGACUUUGGAAAGUUGGGUCGAGGAGGAAGUGAAGGCUGCAACAUUCCUCAGAACAUUGAAAGACUAAAUGGCCAAGGGGUCUGUCAGAUUGAGUGUGGAGCUCAGUUCUCUUUGGCUCUUACGAAAUCUGGAGUGGUGUGGACCUGGGGCAAGGGUGACUAUUUCAGGCUUGGACAUGGCACUGAUGUUCAUGUAAGAAAACCUCAGGUAGUGGAAGGAUUGAGGGGAAAGAAGAUUGUGCAUGUGGCUGUCGGCGCACUCCAUUGUCUGGCCGUCACUGACACAGGCCAGGUUUAUGCUUGGGGUGAUAAUGAUCAUGGCCAGCAAGGCAAUGGGACUACUACAGUGAACAGAAAGCCCACCCUGGUACAGGGUUUAGAAGGCCAGAAGAUAACUCGUGUUGCAUGUGGAUCUUCCCAUAGUGUGGCAUGGACAACCAUGGAUGUAGCAACACCAUCUGUGCAUGAACCAGUUCUCUUUCAGACAGCUAGAGACCCUUUAGGCGCAUCUUAUUUGGGUGUCCCAUCCGAUGCAGAUUCUUCUGCUGUUAGUAACAAAAUCAGUGGUGCAAAUAGUUCUAAACCAAAUCGCCCUUCACUUGCUAAGAUCCUUUUGUCACUGGAUGGCAACCUAGCCAAGCAGCAGGCAUUAUCUCAUAUACUGACAGCAUUGCAGAUCAUGUAUGCCAGGGAUGCCGUUGUUGGAGCAUUGAUGCCUGCAAGCAUGAUUGCACCAGUGGAAUGUCUGUCCUCAUCUCCUGCGCCACCUCCAGACAUGUCUUCCACGAGUAGCGCUCCCAGUGAAGAAGAAGGUAGCUUGGCAGUGGAUCUAGAAGAACGACUGAGUCCACCUCCAUGGCAAGACAGGAGGGCUGAGGUGGCUUCUGCAGAAGAUGCUGUGACUCCCUCUGCUUUGACUCCUUCAGCUGCUGCAGCCUCCUCUCGUCCUUUCAUUCCUGUCACAGAUGAUCCUGGAGCGGCCAGUAUAAUAGCAGAGACCAUGACGAAAACCAAAGAAGACGUGGAAAGCCAAAGUAAAGCCUCUGGCCCGGAGCCCCAGUACCUGGAUGAAUUCACUGGGCUACUGGUACCAGAUGACACAAGAGUCAUGGUGGACCUGCUGAAGCUUGCUGUGUCCAGUCGUGCUGGGGAGAAGGGAAAGGAAGUUCUUUCCGCUGUGCUGUCUGGCAUGGGAACUGCUUAUCCUCAGGUUGCUGAUAUGUUAUUGGAGCUGUGCGUAACGGAGCUGGAAGAUGUUGCUACGGAUUCACAAAGUGGCCGCCUAUCUUCACAACCAGUGGUAGUGGAAAGCAGUCACCCAUAUACAGACGAUACUUCUACCAGUGGCACAGUUAAGAUACCAGGUGCGGAAGGACUCAGGGUAGAAUUCGAUCGCCAGUGUUCCACAGAGCGUCGCCAUGACCCGCUUACUGUCAUGGAUGGUGUCAACAGGAUAGUUUCUGUCAGAUCAGGUCGUGAAUGGUCUGAUUGGUCUAGUGAACUGCGUAUUCCAGGUGAUGAAUUAAAAUGGAAGUUUAUCAGUGAUGGUUCUGUAAAUGGAUGGGGUUGGCGCUUCACUGUCUAUCCUAUCAUGCCAGCUGCAGGUCCAAAAGACCUUCUUUCCGAUCGCUGCAUUCUUUCUUGUCCCUCAAUGGAUUUAGUAACAUGUCUGCUGGAUUUCCGAUUGAAUUUUGCUUCUAAUAGGAGCAUAGUUCCCCGCUUGGCAGCUUCCCUAGCAGCAUGUGCACAGCUGAGUGCUCUAGCUGCUGGCCACAGGAUGUGGGCCUUACAGAGAUUACGUAAACUGCUAACUACAGAAUUUGGCCAGUCCAUUAAUAUCAACCGAAUACUGGGAGAUAAUGAUAGUGAAACACGAACUAUGAGUUUCACAGGUAGCGCUUUAGCUGCUCUGGUUAAAGGCCUUCCUGAAGCUUUGCAGCGGCAAUUUGAUUAUGAAGAUCCCAUAGUCAGAGGUGGCAAGCAGCUGCUCCACAGUCCUUUCUUUAAGGUGCUUGUAGCCCUUGCUUGUGAUUUGGAGCUGGAUACUCUUCCCUGCUGUGCAGAAACACACAAAUGGGCUUGGUUUAGAAGAUACUGCAUGGCCUCCAGGGUUGCUGUCGCCCUUGAUAAAAGAACACCGUUGCCUCGCCUCUUCCUUGAUGAGGUGGCCAAGAAAAUUCGAGAAUUAAUGGCAGACAAUGAAAACAUGGAUGUUCUACAUGAAAGUCAUGAUGUUUUUAAGAGAGAGCAGGAUGAACAACUGGUGCAGUGGAUGAACAGGCGACCUGAUGACUGGACUCUUUCUGCUGGGGGCAGUGGUACUAUUUAUGGCUGGGGUCAUAAUCAUCGAGGACAGCUUGGAGGUAUUGAAGGAGCAAAGGUCAAGGUUCCAACUCCUUGUGAAGCUCUUGCCACACUCAGGCCAGUGCAGUUAAUUGGUGGGGAGCAGACACUUUUCGCAGUGACUGCAGAUGGAAAGUUGUAUGCUACUGGAUAUGGUGCAGGUGGAAGACUUGGAAUUGGAGGGACAGAGUCGGUUUCUACUCCAACAUUAUUAGAAUCCAUACAACACGUUUUCAUAAAGAAAGUUGCUGUGAAUUCUGGAGGAAAGCACUGCCUGGCAUUGUCUUCAGAAGGAGAAGUCUAUUCCUGGGGUGAGGCAGAAGAUGGCAAACUAGGUCACGGGAACCGAAGCCCUUGUGAUCGCCCUCGUGUCAUUGAAUCUUUGAGAGGCAUAGAAGUUGUUGACAUUGCAGCUGGUGGAGCACACAGUGCAUGCAUUACUGCUGCAGGGGAUCUUUACACGUGGGGCAAGGGAAGGUAUGGACGCCUUGGCCAUGGGGACAGUGAAGAUCAGCUAAAACCCAAACUGGUGGAAGCACUGCAGGGCUACCGUGUGAUUGACAUAGCCUGUGGCAGUGGAGAUGCACAAACACUCUGCUUGACUGAUGAUGAUACAGUCUGGUCGUGGGGUGAUGGAGACUAUGGGAAACUUGGAAGAGGAGGUAGUGAUGGUUGCAAAGUGCCAAUGAAGAUUGAUUCUCUCACUGGCGUUGGUGUAGUGAAAGUGGAAUGUGGCUCCCAGUUUUCUGUUGCCCUUACGAAAUCAGGAGCAGUGUACACCUGGGGCAAAGGAGAUUACCAUCGAUUAGGUCAUGGAUCUGAUGAUCAUGUUAGGAGACCAAGACAAGUCCAAGGAUUGCAAGGAAAGAAAGUCAUUGCCAUUGCAACUGGCUCUUUACAUUGUGUAUGUUGCACUGAAGAUGGUGAAGUGUAUACUUGGGGCGAUAAUGAUGAAGGUCAGCUUGGCGAUGGGACAACUAAUGCUAUCCAAAGACCACGGCUGGUUGCAGCACUUCAGGGUAAAAAGAUCAACAGAGUGGCCUGUGGCUCAGCACAUACCUUAGCCUGGUCCACCAGUAAGCCUGCUAACGCAGGCAAGCUUCCAACCCAGGUUCCUAUGGAGUACAAUCAUCUGCAGGAAAUUCCUAUAAUUGCCUUAAGGAACAGGUUGCUGUUGCUGCACCACAUCUCGGAACUCUUUUGCCCUUGCAUUCCCAUGUUUGAUCUUGAAGGACGCCUUGAUGAGACGGGCCAGGGUCCAUCAGUAGGAUUUGAUACAUUACGUGGAAUUUUGAUAUCUCAAGGAAAGGAGGCAGCUUUCAGAAAAGUUGUGCAAGCAACAAUGGUGCGAGAUCGUCAACAUGGGCCAGUUGUAGAACUUAACAGAAUACAAGUGAAGCGUUCUAGGAGUAAAGGAGGAUUGGCUGGUCCAGAUGGUACAAAAUCUGUUUUUGGACAGAUGUGUGCUAAAAUGAGCUCAUUCAGCCCUGACAGCCUCCUUCUACCUCAUCGUGUUUGGAAAGUCAAGUUUGUCGGUGAAUCUGUGGAUGACUGUGGGGGUGGUUACAGUGAAUCAAUAGCAGAAAUGUGUGAGGAACUUCAGAAUGGGCUGACGCCACUUCUGAUUGUGACUCCCAAUGGAAGGGAUGAAUCCGGCGCAAACAGAGAUUGUUUUCUCUUGAACCCUGCAGCAAAGUCAUUGUUGCACAUGAACAUGUUUCGUUUCCUAGGAGUUUUGCUCGGAAUUGCUAUUCGGACCGGAAGUCCUCUUAGCCUCAACCUGGCGGAACCCGUGUGGAAACAGUUGGCUGGAAUGAAUUUAACAAUUGCUGAUCUCAGUGAGGUUGAUAAGGAUUUUAUUCCUGGGCUCAUGUACAUCCGAGACAAUGAAGCUACUUCUGAAGAAUUUGAAGCCAUGAGUCUUCCUUUUACAGUGCCAAAUGCUAGUGGUCAAGACAUUCAGCUAAGUUCCAAAUAUUCCCACAUAACACUGGAUAAUCGAGCCGAGUAUGUGAGGCUGGCAAUAAACUACAGACUACAUGAAUUUGAUGAGCAAGUUACUGCAGUUCGUGAAGGAAUGGCUCGUGUGGUUCCUGUUCCUCUUCUUUCUCUUUUCACAGGCUAUGAACUGGAAACAAUGGUGUGUGGGAGUCCAGACAUCCCCCUGCACCUUCUGAAAUCUGUGGCCACUUAUAAAGGGAUUGAACCCACUGCUCCCCUUAUUCAGUGGUUCUGGGAGGUAAUGGAAUCCUUCUCCAACACGGAACGUUCACUCUUCUUGCGCUUUGUAUGGGGCAGGACCAGGCUACCUAGAACUAUUGCGGAUUUCAGAGGCAGGGACUUCGUUAUCCAGGUUUUGGAUAAAUACAAUCCCCCAGACCACUUCCUCCCCGAAUCAUAUACAUGCUUCUUUUUGCUGAAGCUCCCCAGGUAUUCUUGCAAACAGGUGCUAGAAGAAAAAUUAAAAUACGCCAUCCAUUUCUGUAAAUCUAUAGACACUGAUGAUUAUGCUCGAAUAGCAUUGACCGGAGAGCCCACUGCUGAUGAUAGUAGCGAUGAUUCUGACAAUGAAGAUGCAGAUUCUUUUGCUUCAGAUUCUACGCAGGACUAUUUAACGGGGCACUGAGGGGGUGGGUACCCGUUCUGGAGGGGUCAACGUUUCAAGCACUGAGGCAAAAUGCCACAAAGUAGCAUUGAAGAAAUGGACCGUUUAGCAGAGUACAAAGUUGUAUAAUGAGAGAACUACUAAUUAUUACUGAAGACAGAGUGUGUGUGUUACUUAUUGUAGGAAUAAUGUCUGAUAACUGACGGUAACUUUAGAGCAAAUGGGUGCCAAUGAAUGGACAUUGAGAGCUGAGGGUUCACCUCUCCUCCUUGAUGCUGCACUCCAGGUAGAAUUUUGUGUUUUACUGAUGUGUUGUAAAUGUUUAUAAAAUAUUGUUAGUGUGGAAUUUAAAAAAAAGACAUCUUUUAAAUUGUGGCUGCAAUAGAUUUCUUUUUCCAAAUUACGUGUUGUGUUAACUUGCAUCUCCUUGAUUGUAUAUUGGAACUACUGUGCAAUGACUGAAUAGUAUUAUAAAUAUUUCAAUAAACUUUAUUAGCUGUUUUAUUAAAAAAACUUUUUUUGAACACUCGGUUAUCAGUAUUCCUUAUAUUUGUCACUAGAUUACUAACAAACACCUCAUUAAGUUCACUCUACCUUCCAAUGUCUAUAUUUUAGCAUAUGUGUAUAUAUUAUGUAUCUUGCAUUGAUAACUUCCUGUGAACAACAACAUUUUUAACAUGGGACGAAUACUGUACAUAAUUGUGCCAUGUAUAUGCAAAAAUUAUAUCUUCCUUCUGAAUAAAACAUCUGUCACAAACA